AUGCACAGACCCCUCCCAGCGCCGGAGGAUGAGGCAGAGCCGUGCCCGGCGGCGCAGCGCUCAGCACCCAUCCUGCAGCCAGAGCCGGACCCGGAGCCGCGGCUCUGCCGGGCCCUGUUUGACUACAGCCCAGAGCUGCCGGAUGAGCUGCCGCUGCGGCAGGGGGAUGUCAUCCAGGUGCUCAGCAAGCACACAGGGGUCGAGGGCUGGUGGGACGGGCAGUGCCGGCACCGGGGAGGGCUCUUCCCCAGCAACUUUGUGGAGCUCCUGCCGGUGUCCACGCUGAAGCCAGCGAUGCCAUCCUGGGAUGCGGAGUCCAAUGAGUCCGGCCAAGAUGGGCACCCAGCCCCGGUGCCCUCAGUGUCCCACCGCGCAGCCCCACGGCCUGGUGUGAGGUGGGUUGGGGCAGCCCAGGAGCCGGCGGUGCCGGGGGGCAGGAGGAGCCCCGUGGGGAGUGAGGAUGUGGCAUGGACCAGCACCGAGAUGCUCUCGACUUCAACUUCCUUCCCAGCGCGGUUUCCUCCGGCGUCACGUGCGCGGUGUGGGGUCGCGGCAGCUGGGGGAGCCGGGCACAGCACCGCGCCGCUCGGCCUCAGGGGCAGCCCCGCGCCGGCAGCAGCCUGUAAGACAGCGAAGGACGAGGAGGGGGAGCACCUGAAGCUCGCGGCACCGCUGGGGAUGGAGCCGGCCAAGCAGCCCCCCAGCAAGAGGAUGGCUCCUGCUCCCCCCGUCCCUGCCAAGGCCAAACCAGCCCCUGCAAUGACAAGCAAGCCCGGUGGCCCCCAGCCCUGCGCCUCAGACACGGAGCGGGGCAGAGCCGGUGAUGCAGAUGCUGAUGGCUUCAAUGUGGUGCCGGUCACCACGGCCCGGCUGAGCCACCCCACGGCCACACGUCCCCGGGUACCAGGCCAGCGGCCGCCCAGCCUCACCCCGGGGGGCGCGGGGGGUCCCUGCAGUGGGGACCAGCCACGGGGGACGCCCCACACCAGCGCGGGGCAGGCGCCGGCCCCACCGUGGAGCACGGAGGUGCUGGUGGCGCCGUGUCCAAAGGAGACGCUGGCCCUGGAGCACCUGAAGGCAGAGGUCCGGUCCCUGCACCUCCUGGUGGACCUGAUGCGGGUGCAGCACCUGCGGGACCUGGAGGACGUGAGGCUGGAGCUGGGGCAGGAGCGGGCCAAGCGCCAGGCUCUGCAGGCAGAGAUCGAGCUGGUGAGGAAGGUGCUGCCCUGCUGAUCGUGGCCGGGGGCUGCGGUGCUCCGGGGGGGCUCAUGGUGCUGUGCCCGGUUCUGCACUGGUUGGGGUGCAGGAUGCCCACCCCGCAGCCCAGCGCUGUGUUCUGUGGCACAGCGUGGCCCCGAGGCCGGACAACAGCCCCAUGGCACAGGGAUGGUGUUUGAAAUAAACUGUUCUGGGUACA